AUGUCGAAGGUGGUGCGCAGCGUGAAGAAUGUCACCAAGGGCUACUCGAGCGUCGAGAUCAAGGUGCGAAAUGCGACGAGUAACGACCCCUGGGGCCCCGUCGGCAGCGACAUGGCCGAGAUUGCCCAGUUGACCUUCAACAACAGUCAAGACUUUUACCAGAUUAUGGACAUGCUCGACAAGCGCUUGAACGACAAGGGCAAGAACUGGCGCCAUGUGCUCAAGUCGCUCAAGGUCCUCGAUUACUGCCUGCACGAGGGUUCAGAGCUCGUCGUCACCUGGGCGCGCAAGAACCUUUACAUCAUCAAAACCCUGCGCGAAUUCCAAUAUGUCGAUGAGGAUGGCCGCGACGUCGGCCAGAACGUGCGCGUUUCCGCAAAGGAGCUCACCUCCUUGAUCCUUGACGAAGAGCGCUUGCGUGCCGAGCGCGCCGAUCGCAAAUCAUGGAAAUCCCGUGUCACCGGCCUGGACGACUACGGCACGGGCGGUGCCCACGGCGGAGCCGAUGCCACUCGGCCGCGCCAGCAGCGUCGGCAGAGGAAUGAGGAGGAGGAUCUCGAGUACAAGCUGGCCAUCGAAGCAAGUAAGAAUGAGAUGGAGGAGGAGCGCAAGCGUCGCGAACGCCAUGCGCGCACGGAAGAUGAUGAGGACCUGCAGAAGGCCAUUAGGCUCAGCCAAGAGGAGGAAGAGCUGCGCCGUAGGGAACUCGAGGAAACCAAUGCCAACAGUCUGUUCGACGACACACCCGCCCAACCCGCAAUCGCCCAACCGACUGGAUGGAAUCAGGGAUACCAGCAGCAAGGCGCCGUGGAUUGGUUUGGAAACCUGGUCGAUCAGCAGCAACCCCAGAAUACUGGCUUCUUGAACUCGGCUUACUCGCAGCCGACUGGUAUGCAACCGCAGCAAACUGGAUUCCAGAACGGAUAUGGAUACGGCGGCUUCCAGCAGCCGCAGCCCACUGGCUUCGAUGCGUAUGGUCAGCAGCAGAACUACCUCCAACCUCAGCAGACUGCAUUCAACAUGGGCAACAACCCAUGGGGCCAGCAAAAUGGUUUCGCUCAGCAACAGCCACUGGAACAGCAGAACACACUGCAGCCAGGCAGCAACAACCCUUGGGCCUCGUCGUCGGGCGCGCACACCACGGACUCGAUCAAACCCAUGCCCACCGGUUCCAACAAUCCUUUCGCCUCCGCCAUCACUCGGCCGGCCACUGCUCAGCCCGUCCGCUCGACAGCGCCAUCCCUCAGCACUCUGCAGGAGCAGAGCACGGCCCAAUUCAAUGGUAACAACUCCGGUUUCAACCCCAUCCGCGACUUCUCGGCGCCCCCCACGCAAAGCUUCCAAUCCCAGAGCCCCCAGAAGGAACAGCCCAUGGAUCCUCAUGCAGCACGUCUCAAUGCACUUCUCGCCUCAGGAGAAGGCCAGGAUACGUUCGGAAACGUUGGAAACCUUCGUAUUCCGGCCCAGCACACUGCUCCUGGAACUUUCGUCAACAGUGCAGGUGCGGGUGCGGCUCGUCUGACGCAGAACGCGACGGGCAACAACCCAUUCCUCAACAGCCAAUUCACCGGCAUGCCUCAACAAACCGGCUUCGCAAACCAGAACCGAUUGAUGCCGGCCCAAACUGGCCCUGUCGGUGGAUUUGGAGGCAACCCCUUCGGCGGCGCCAGCUUUGGUCAACAGCAACAGCAGCAGCAGCAGCAGGGCAGCUUGAUCGACUUGUGA